CCCCAGCGCGUCGCCGCCGCUGACAGCAUGAGCGAGACGGUGGUGUGCAGUGCCCGGGCGGCGGUGCUGCUCUACGAUGACACCCACAAGCAGUGGGUGGCGGCGGGUGGGGGUCCCCAGACCCUCAGCUGCGUCCAGCUCUACCACCACCCCGGCGCCAAUGCCUUCCGCCUGGUGGGGCGCAAGAUGCAGCCCGACCAGCAGGUGGUGCUGAACUGCCCGCUGGGGCGGGGGCUGCGCUACAGCCAGGCCACCCCCCAGUUCCACCAGUGGCGGGAGGCCCGCCGGGUCUGGGGGCUCAGCUUCGGGGCCCCCCGCGAGGCCGCCCUCUUCGCUGCCGCUGUCCUGCGGGCCCUGCGGGCGCUGGAGGAGGGCACCCCCCUGUCAUGGCCGGACCCCGAUGCUUCAGCUCCGGAGGAGCCCGAGCAGCAGGAGAGGCAGGCGCUGGAGGAGCCUGAGCGCCGUGUGGCGGCUGCAGGCACUCAGGCUGUGCCCACUGGAGGCCCCCCGCCGCCCCCUGGCCCCCCACCGCCCCCGGGCCCCCCCCCACCCCCCGGCCCCCCGCCAGCCACGGGGGUCCCGCCUGCUCCCCCCUUACCGGUGGCGGCGGGUGCUGCCGGGGCGGGGCCCGGGGGGGGCUCCGGUUUUGCCGCCGCCAUCGCGGGGGCUAAACUCAGGAAAGUUGGCAAGGAUGAGGCGCCGGGUGUCGGGGCCCCCCCUGCACCCCCCAAGGGCGAGGGUGCCCGGGGGGGGGGCGGGGGGGGGCUGAUGGAGGAGAUGAGUGCCAUGCUGGCCCGACGGAGGAAAGCCACCCUGCAGGGGGACAAGCCAGUGCCAAAGAGGGAGGAGGAUGUCACCAGCGACGAGGCGGAGCCGGGCACUAGGACCUCGGUGCAGCCCGCGGGUGAGUGGCGGGGAACAACUCCCAGCGUGCCUCGCGGCCCGCCCCCGUGGCCAGGCACACUGGGACAUGUACCCGUGCGGAGGCCCUGGGAGAAGGCCAGCUCCACACUGCCCAGGAUGAAGUCAGCCAUCCCGGCUGCCCCUGCCGAUCCCCCCAGCUCUGCCGAUGAGCCCGACCUGGAGCGAAUCAAACAGGAGCUGCUGGAGGAGGUGCGGAGGGAGCUGCAGAAGAUGAAGGAGGAGAUCAUUGAAGCGUUCAUGGUGGAGCUGCGGAAGCGGAGCGUGCCAUAACCCACCCCCCCCCUAAAAUGGGCCCG